AUGAUAGUUAAUGAUGAGGAUGAGGAGACCGAUGUUGGGCUCAAGCUCCAGUUGAUAGAUGCAGUCCAACGAUUAGGUGUGGGAUAUCACUACGAGAUUAAGAUUGAGGAAUCACUUCAGAAAAUACAUGAACUGGGAGAGAAAUUCCUUACCCACGAGAAGGCGGAUCUCUGCCAUGUGGCUCUUUGGUUUCGUCUUCUCAGACAACAAGGCCUUCAUGUUACCCCAGAUAUGUUUACAAAGUUCAUGGACAAUGAUGAAGGAAAGUUGAAGGAAUCGUUGGCAUCGGACGAACAAGGGAUGAUAAGUUUGUACGAGGCAACACAUGUUGCCGUUCAUGGAGAAGACAUAUUGGACAAAGCCCUGGUCUUUGCAACCAAGAACCUAAAGUCCAUUCUCACCAAGUGCACUUCCCAAUUCCAAAAGCAAGUGAAGUUUUCCCUUAACCUUCCUCUGUGGAAAUGUGUCCCCAGAACACUUACUAGGCACUACAUCGACUUCUACUCCGACGACCAUGGCUUCAACAAUGAAAAACUCCUAAGGUUCGCAAAGUUGGACUUCAACAAGCUGCAGAAAUGCCAUCAGAGAGAGCUGUGCGAGAUCACAGAGUGGUGGGGAGGCCUGCAAGUACCCACCAGAUUUCGGUACGCCAGGGACAGAGUUGUGGAGUGUUAUUAUUGGAUCUACGCGGUUUACUUCGAGCCCAGGUAUCGCUCGGCAAGAAUCAUACUUACCAAGAUCAUAUCGAUGUUGUCCCUCUUAGACGACACAUACGAUAAUUUUGGCACGUACGACGAGGUUGAAAUCCUUACAACGGUCAUUCAAAGGUUGGAUGUGAGCCCGCUUGAAUCACUACCCAACGAAAUGAAGAAUAUGUAUCGUGUAAUUAUUGACCUGUACGAUGAAAUCGAGAUCGAACUAUCAAAAUCAGGACCUACUUUUGCGGUUGACUAUGCUAAUGAAGAGGUAAGGAAAACUCAAAUCUUCAGUAUACUGGCACUAGCUAAAUGUAGUAGUGUAAGAAAAACAAUCAGAACAUCGAUCGACGAUUGUCAUGUAAGACUGAACAAAUGUAGUACUUAUGUAUUACAGUUGAAGAUACAAAGGUUCGAAUAUCGCUUGCUUAGUUAG